AUGCUAUACCUUGUAUCCCUUCUCGCUGGGACCGCUGGUCUUGCGUUGACCGCGUCGGCACAAUAUUUCCCUCCCACGCCAGAGGGUCUCACGGUCGUGCAUUCGAAGCAUCAGGAGGGUGUGAAGAUUUCGUACAAAGAACCCGGUAUUUGUGAAACCACCCCGGGUGUCAAAUCGUACUCCGGCUAUGUGCAUCUGCCGCCCGGCACGCUGAACGACGUUGAUGUCGACCAGCAAUACCCCAUCAACACUUUCUUCUGGUUCUUCGAGUCGCGCAAUGAUCCCGUUAACGCACCGCUAGCCAUCUGGAUGAACGGCGGGCCCGGCAGUUCGUCCAUGAUCGGACUACUGCAGGAAAAUGGCCCGUGUCUUGUAAACGCCGACUCCAACUCAACGGAGAUCAACCCCUGGUCGUGGAACAACUACGUCAACAUGCUGUACAUUGACCAGCCGAACCAGGUCGGGUUCAGCUAUGAUGUUCCUACGAAUGGGACGUAUAAUCAGCUUACCAGUGCGUGGAAUGUGUCUGCUUUCCCGGACGAAGUCCCGGAGCAGAACAAUACAUUCUAUGUGGGCACGUUUCCCAGUAUGAAUCGGACGGCUACGGCGAAUACGACGGAGAACGCGGCGCGGUCGCUUUGGCACUUUGCGCAGACGUGGUUUUCUGAAUUCCCCGAGUACAAGCCGCACGAUGACCGGGUGAGUAUCUGGACUGAGUCCUAUGGUGGGCGGUACGGGCCGUCAUUCACCGCGUUCUUUCAGGAACAAAAUGAGAAGAUUGAGCGGGGGACAUUACCAGAUGAGUAUCAUUAUAUUCACCUGGAUACUCUGGGAAUUAUCAAUGGGUGCGUGGAUUUGUUGACACAAGCUCCGUUCUACCCGGAGAUGGCGUACAACAACACCUACGGCAUCCAGGCGAUCAACAAAACCGCCUACGAAAAGGCAAUGAAUGCGUGGAGUAAGCCUGGUGGCUGCAAGGAUUUAAUAGUCGAGUGCCGUGAGCUAGCGGCCCAGGGAGAUCCAACCAUGUCCGGGAGCAACGAGACGGUCAACGAGGCCUGUCGGAAGGCGAACGACUACUGCAGCAACCAGGUGGAGGGUCCCUACAUACUCUUCUCCGGCCGUGGCUACUACGAUAUCGCGCACUUUGACCCAGAUCCAUUCCCGCUCCCCUACUUCCAAGGCUUCCUGAACCAGAACUGGGUGCAAGCUGCGCUGGGGGUGCCCGUCAACUUCUCCAUAUCAGUGGACAGUACAUACAACGCCUUCAGGUCGACGGGCGAUUACCCGCGCUCCGGUGUUCACGGGUACCUCGAGGAUCUCGCGUAUGUUCUCGACUCGGGGAUCAAGGUGGCGCUCGUCUACGGGGACCGGGACUACGCAUGUCCCUGGAACGGCGGCGAAGAGGUCAGUCUGCGCGUCAACUAUUCCGAUUCGCAGUCGUUCCAAGCAGCAGGCUACGCCCCGGUCCAGACCAAUUCGUCGUAUAUUGGGGGCCGUGUGCGGCAGUACGGCAACUUUUCUUUCACCCGUGUCUUCGAAGCAGGCCAUGAGGUACCGGCGUAUCAACCCCAAACAGCAUAUGAGAUCUUCCACCGGGCUCUGUUUAACCGUGACAUUGCGACGGGGAAGGUGUCACUGCUGAAGAAUGCCACGUACGCGAGCGAGGGGCCAUCCUCGACGUGGGAGUUCAAGAAUGAGGUACCUGAGAGUCCGGAGCCGACAUGUUAUAUCCAGUCAUUGCGGAGUAGUUGUACCGACGAGCAGAUCCAGAGCGUGGUCAACGGGACUGCUUUGGUUAAAGAUUGGAUAGUUGUGGAGAAAGAAGUGGAUAUUACAAGACAUGUUGAUAGGACAUACCUUAUAUAG